AUGAGCGAUCAUGAUAUUUCAGAAGGCAUGGUUGUUAUCAAGACUGAGAAGGUGGAUGAAGGCUGCAGUAAUGAUGGAGGAAACUGCGAGGCCCAGGAGUCUCAGCCUUCUCCUCUGGCCCUGCUAGCAGCCACAUGCAGCAGGAUUGAAUCUCCCAAUGAGAACUCUGAUGGUUUACAGGGGCAACAGGGAGGCUCAGGUGAACUGGACCUUGCUACUGCAACUCAAAUCUCCCAAAAUGCAAAUGGCUGGCAAAUAAUUUCCACUGCUUCUGGAGCUUCUGAUUCUCCCAAAGAUCUGGGGAAUAACAGCAAUGAAGAGAAUGAUUCAUCGUCCAAAAACCGAGCUGCCACCACUGGGCAGUAUGUGGUUGCUGCCAGCCCAAAUAUGCAGAACCAGCAAGUUCUGACAGGGUUAUCAGGAAUGUUGCCUAAUAUUCAGUAUCAGGUGAUUCCCCAGUUUCAAACUGUGGAUGGUCAACAAUUGCAGUUUGCCACUGCUCCCACUCAAGUUAGUGUCCAGCAAGAUGCCUCUGGCCAGCUGCAGAUAAUUCCAGGAACUAACCAGCAGCUCAUUACAAACAGGUCUGGCACAGGCAAUAUCUUGGCUGCCAUGCCAAAUCUUUUGCAGCAGGCCGUCCCCAUUCAGGGAGUAAAUACUCUCUCAGGGCAAACACAGUAUGUCACUAACGUCCCACUGGCUUUGAACGGCAAUAUCACCUUAUUGCCUGUUAACAGCCUUGCUGCCAGUUUGGCCCCCACGUCUCAGUCAGUCACUCUAAGCAAUUCUAGCUCUCCAGAGAAUAACUCUCAACCAGUUUCAAUCAGUUCCUCCAACGUGGCUGCGACUCAAGCCAGUACUGUCUCUUUUUUCACCAAUGCUAACAACUACAGCACCACUACCACCACAAGUAAUUUGGGCAUCAUGAAUUUUUCUACUAGCGGCAGUGUGGGAACAAAUGUGCAGGUGCAGACACCACAGAGGACGAACAGCAAUCAGAAUGCCGACGCCGUGCAGGUUGCAGGGGUUGCGGUCCAUCAAGGACAACAGAAAGAUAUUGAUCAAAACCAACACCAGCACCAGCAGCAGAUCCUGGUGCAGCCUCAACUUGUUCACGGAGGGCAAGGCAGCCAGACCUUUACCCAAGAUGCUCUGCAGAACCUGCAGAUCCAGGCACUCCCCAACACUGGUCCAAUCUUUAUUCGAACGCCCACCGUAGGGCCAAAUGGACAGGUCAGCUGGCAAACUAUUCAGCUUCAGAACCUUCAGGUCCAGAAUCCGCAAGCUCAGACAAUCGCUUUGGCUCCCGUUCAGGGGGUGUCCCUGGGGCAAACUGGGAGCACCAGCACAACACUCACACCAAUAGCUUCCGCCUCUCUACCCAGCGGCACAGUCACUGUAAACGCUGCUCAGCUAUCUUCCGUACCAGGCCUUCAGACCAUCAACCUUGGGGCCCUGGGAUCUGGCAUCCAGGUUCACCAGCUGCAAGGGCUUCCUCUCACCAUAGCCAAUGCCACUGGUGAUCAUAAUACCCACCUGAGCCUCCAUGGUACUGCUGGUGAUGGUUUGGCCGAUGAUGGAACAGCUUUGGAAGAAGGGGAAGCCAGUCCGGAUGCCCAGCCACAGCAAGUCCGAAGGAUGCGCAGAGAAGCCUGCACUUGUCCUUAUUGCAAAGACAAUGAUGGGAGGGGUUCUGGGGACCCCGGCAAAAAGAAGCAACACAUCUGCCAUAUCCCAGGCUGUGGGAAAGUGUAUGGGAAGACAUCUCAUCUGCGAGCUCAUCUUCGGUGGCAUACUGGUGAACGGCCAUUUGUUUGCUCAUGGACGUAUUGCGGCAAGCGUUUCACACGCAGUGAUGAGCUACAACGACACAAGCGAACACACACUGGAGAGAAAAAGUUUGCCUGUCCCGAGUGUCCCAAGCGCUUCAUGAGGAGCGAUCAUCUUUCCAAGCACAUCAAGACCCACCAAAACAAGAAGGCAGGCGCACCUAACAGCGUGGCUAUGGACGUCUCUGCCGUCUCCAUCGAUGCAAAUGCCUCUUCGGAGAACGCCGGUGGAGCAGCCCCUUCAGCCCUCAUUGCAACCAAUAUGGUAGCCAUGGAAGCCAUCUGCCCAGAAGGCAUCGCACGCCUUGCCAGCAGUGGCAUCAAUGUCAUGCAAGUGGCCGAUCUCCAGUCGAUCAACAUCAGUGGCAAUGGAUUCUGAGGAUCUGUCCGAUAUUGUACAAACGUGGGAUUCUCAAGGUCCAGGAGAGAUGCCUUUCAUAGGGCGGAAGAUGGGGACUCAGCUGCCACAUCUAGCUUUCAGAUACCAUUUCUGUCUCCCGGGAAUAUUGUGUGCAGAAUAAGGUCUGCUUGCUGUAUAGUUCAGCCUGGUGAUGCCUAGAGUGAAUACUUGGGAAAAUGGGAUGGCCCAGAACUGAUUGAUUGAUUAAUUUUGUUUUGCUUUUUCUUCCCCUCCCCCCAUUAGGUCUCUUCACCUUUAUUAGGUACCCCAACGCCAUCAUGCCUUGGUUCUAAAUGUAUAUGAUCAUUGAAAUACUUUUUAGCAGGAAAAAAAAUCUAUAUUAUUAUUGUUAUUAUUAUUGUAAUUAUAUAAAAUUAUAAAAUAUGUUCUUUUGGAUGAAAGAGAUUAAAAAGUGCUGCAACCAAAGUCUUUGGUUGUAGUUCAGAUGCCU